AUGGCAUUUUAUUUUGGAAUACUUAAAGAACCUCGCGGCCUUAUUCGGCUGCUUCAAUUCAUUUUUGCUAUAUUUGCUUUUGCUACGGCAUGUAAUGGUAGUUCUUAUUUAUAUAUCAAAAAAGGUUCGGAUGAUAAAGCAGUUAGUAUUUCAUGGUCUUAUCCUUAUAAAUUACAAGAUACUCAAAUUAAUAUAAAUUUCAAUGCAACUCAAAAACCAUUAUCAUCUUCAAAUGGCAUUAAACCAUCAGCUGAAUUUUUUGUUUUUACUGGUGUUACAUCAAUGUUAUUAUCACUUGCAUUUCUUGUACUUUAUGUUGUAACAGAUCGUUUAUAUCGUUAUGAUGAACGUAUUCCUAUAAUUGAUUUUAUUCUUAUAAUAAUAUGGGCAAUUUUUUGGAUUGCUGGUAGUUCAGCAUGGGCACAAGGAGUAUCAAGUAUACGAUCACAAACUUCAUUUAAUUAUGUAUAUACACUUGUACCGGAGUGUGCUGUUGAUCCAAAAUGUGAAGAAAAUGAAUCUGGUACUUAUGCUAAUAUAACAGUAUCGGUAAUAUUUGGUUUUUUAAAUUUUUUACUUUGGCUUGGUAGUAUGUGGUUUGUUUAUAAGGAAACAAAAUUUUUCAAGAGUCAAACAGCUCAACAAUAUCCACAACAAAAUAAUUUUACAAAUAUAUCUGGUCCAAAUAUGCAACAACAACAACAACAACAACCACAAACUCGAGUACCCGGUACUAUGGGUUAA